AUGAGUGAGUGCGCAGCAAUUCGCGCCAGCGAUGAUGACAGCAGACGACAAUUUACUUGAUACGCAUCAUAUCACCGUUAAAAUUUUACACAAUUUCUUUAUUAAAUUACAUAUCAUUGUACUAUCAUAUCAUGGUAUAAAUGAAAAAAACAUAAUUAUAUGUAAAUAAAAUAUAUCUUUAAUGGUUAAAAUUCGAUGAAUUCUUUGUGAAAGUGUUAAGUGUUAAAAAAAAAGCGCACAACAUGGAAGUAUUAGAUCCUAGUAUCUCGAGAGAUGAUCAGCCUUUGUGUGUUAAUGAUUCUUUGGAAAAAGUUACUAUACCAGAUAUUCCACCUGAUACAAAAUCAUGUAUAAAAGCAAGGCAUACAUUAGGUUUUUUAGGAUUUCUAGGAUUUGCACUUGUGUAUGCCAUGAGAGUGAAUUUAUCUGUGGCUAUUGUUUCAAUGGUUAAUCAAACAGCAGUGCCACAUGAUGAUGAUAAUGAUACUACAGAUGUUUGUCCUAAAGAAAAACCAAUUAAUGGAACAUUUAUACCAAGUGCAGGAGAAUUUAAUUGGGAUGAAAAAACACAAGGUAUUAUAUUGGGUGCUUUUUUCAUUGGUUAUGUAACUACAAAUGUUCCUGGUGGUAGAAUGGCGGAAAAAUUUGGUGGAAAACUCAUAUAUGGAUUAGGAGUAUUUCUGACUGCUGUAUUGACUGUAAUUAGUCCUUUUGCAGCUUAUAUAGGAUUGAUACCAUUCUUAGCUGUACGAGUAGCAGAAGGAUUUACAGAGGGUGUUACAUUCCCUGCAAUGCAUAGCAUGUUAGCAAUCUGGGUACCUCCUUUAGAAAGAAGCAAAUUUGCUGCUGUAGUAUAUGCAGGUGCAAAUUUUGGAACUGUCAUAUCUUUACCAGUAAGUGGUUGGCUUUGUUCAUUAGAACUUUGGGGUGGAUGGCCUCUUGCAUUUUAUUUAUUUGGAGGGCUUGGUAUUAUAUGGUAUGCAUUUUGGCUAAUUUUUGUGUUUGAUACACCUGCACAACAUACAAAAAUUGAUCCUCUAGAAAGAGCAUACAUUGAAGCUACUGUAGAAAAGAAAGAUGAGGAGACUGAUACAGGAGUUCCUUGGUUAUCAAUAUUUACAUCAUUGCCUAUGUGGGCUAUAGCUAUUACACAAUGUGGACAGUCAUGGGCGUUUUAUACACUUUUAACAGAAUUACCAACAUAUAUGGAUAAAAUUUUGCAUUUCGAUGUACAACAGGAUGCAUUCCUUUCAGCACUGCCUUAUUUAAGUUCUUGGUUAGUCGGUCUCGGUAUUUCAAGUUUCGCAGAUGCUCUCCUUGCCCGUCAGCUUUUAUCUCCUUUAACAUCGUUCAAGUUAUGGAACACAGUGGCUUCAUUAGGACCCAGUCUCAGUUUUAUUGGUGCUAUUUGGGCUGAAUGUGAUCGUAUGAUGGUUAUGAUGAUGCUUGCUGGAUUAGGAUCUCUACAAGGUGCAGUUUAUGCAGGAAAUCAAAUGAAUCAUAUUGCAUUAGCACCUCGAUUUGCGGGAACUCUUUAUGGACUUACAAAUGCUGCUGCAAAUGCUUGUGGAUUUUUAGCUCCAUAUGUUAUUGGAAUGAUUGUUCAGGGACAUGAAACAUUGGCACGUUGGCAUACAGUAUUCUGGUUAGCAGCAGGAAUAAACAUGGCAACUAAUUGUUUUUAUUUAAUUUUUGCAUCUGCCACAGAACAACCAUGGAGUAGAGGUAGUAGUUGAUGACAAAAUUUCGUUACACACGAAAUAUUUAAUAUGGAAAAUAAUUUACCAUUGGAUCGAAUUGCGCUUAGUUCAUUUUAGUUAAUUUUUGUAAUAUUGACCGCUUCUGUCAUUUAGGCACAAAGUUUUUUUUUUAAUUUCAAGUUUGAUAUAUUAAUAAUUUCUUAUUGAAUGAAAUAUUUCAAUCAAUGAGUUAUUAUAUUAUUUUGACAAAAUAAUACAUACAAUUACAUUAGCUAAAUUAGUAAUUAGUAAAAAUUUAUUUGCAUCAGUAUUAAAUAUUAUAUUAAUGAAGUUCAAAUAUUGAACUUUGUGUAUCAUUCCAAUGAAACUGUUCACAUGACAAUAUGACUUUUAAAGUUUUUAUUUUUGAUUUUUAAUUAAUAUAAUAAUAACUAGGUUUAAAAAAAGAUGAAUAUAAUCUAAAAUUUAUUUCUAAUUUAGAAAUAAUUUAAUUAUUUUAAUCUUAUCAAAAAAUAUAAAUUAUCAAAAUAUUUUUUAUAUUUAUAAAAUGAAAAAUAUUGAAGAGUCUAUAUUCUUGUUUAUAUAUAUAAGAAUUUUAUAUGUAUAUAAAAGCAAUCAUUCAUUUAAAAUGAUUGAUAUAGAGAAUAUAUGAUAGAGAACAAGAUUUAAUAAUUCUUAAAUGGAUAAUUGAAUUUUUAUUUUAUAAUAAAAAAAAUGAUAAAUAUGCACAGCUUUUGUGCAAUCAAAAUGCAAAAUGUAAAUUGUCUUUAUAUUUCUUAUGAUGAUAGUAUAAUAAUAAAAAUGAUUUAUAAAUAAAAAAAUUUAUGAUAAA